AUGGGUCGGAGGAGAUUAUCAGAUGAAGACAAGGGCAAACUGAUAAAUACUAAUAGUAGAGUAUUUGCUGCAUUGCAAGGUUUGGUAACAAGCUUCUCAAUUCCUGAGAAAAUAUGGUAUGGAGCUGCAGAUAAAGCUAUAAGCACCAUCUAUACCCUACACCCUGCACCUGAUUUUUUUUUGCUACCGAGACUGCAAAAGAAGUCCCUCAGUUCUGUAUUCAGUGUUUUAGGAACCGAGGAUGUGUCAAAUGGAGAUGAAACUGAGAAUGAUGCCUCUCUGUCAUCAGUAUCACCUUCAAAGCUGGGUAGAUUUCUUUUUGUUAUUAGCCAUAUAGCACUAAAUCAUUUGGUGUACAUUGAGAAUUCCGUUAGGAAAAUUCAGAAACAGAUACGGAAGAAUGAAAAAUCUCAGUCCACCACUGAGGAUCUCCAGUCUGACGUGUCUAAAAGUUCAGAGGCACAAGGCAUAAAUGCCGAACUGGGACUUGGUGCAACCAUAGAUAUUGCAAUCGAGUCCCUUGCUGAAAGAGCAGAAAAGGAAAUUGUUUGCUGUUCUUCUGAAAAGAAUCUCAUAGGACUUUGUGGGCCAUUUCUCUCAAAACUCUGCCGGAAUCUUACAUUGCUGCAAAAAGUUCCCAGACCUACAAGCUUCUGCAAUGCUUGCUCUUUGCAGGCUAAUGAUCAUCGAUGCAGAGUCCUGGUUAAAGGGUAUAUAAAUGAAAUGACUGUAAGAAUAGAAGAUGAAGAUGAGAGGAUAUCAAGCCUGGCAAAACUCUUCUUUCAUGAGUUGUCAAAAACAGGAAGCAACCCAAUUUAUAAUCUUCUUCCGGAUAUCUUGGGUAGACUGCAAUCAACACCUCAAAGAAGAAACCUUUUGCAAUAUUAUGCAGUUCUUAAUUAA